AUGGGUUCUAGUUUGUGCAAAGGAGAAAAAGUUUAUGAUGAACAAAUGGACAAAGUAAAUCGCCAGAUAGAAAUUGAAUUGCAAAGGGAAAAGUUGGAGGAACGCAAAAUUGUAAAAAUACUUUUGUUGGGAAGCGGGGAUUCUGGGAAAUCUACAAUUGUAAAACAAAUGAGAAUUUUGCAUACUAACGGGUUCAAUGAAGCAGAAUUGAUUAAUUAUAGGUAUAUGCUGCAUACCAAUUAUAUUGGCUCUUUUUAUUACAUCGCCAAAGGAAUUAGUCUACUACAAAUUGAUGUGCCUUCACAAGAGCGUGAUUUAGUUAAUAAAUUUGAACAUUCUUUUACCAAAUUCUUAGACUACGAUGACACGGAAAUGAUUAAAUUGAUAAGUAAAUUUCUCAGUUAUUCUUGUGUUAAUGCAGCAUGUCAACAUUUAACAGAAUUUUAUGUGCCAGAUAAUACUCCAUAUUUAUUAGCCGAAUCAAGCAGAAUUCUCACUCCAGAGUAUAGACCAACAGAAGCGGAUGUAAUACAUGCAAGGGCAUCGACAACGGGUGUUCAUGAAAUUUUCUUCAGUUUUCGCCGUUUUGGCAUCAGGCUCAUUGAUGUUGGCGGCCAAAAAACAGAAAGGAGAAAAUGGAUUCAUUGUUUUGAUAAUGUUUCUGCAAUUUUGUAUGUAAUCUCCCUUUCCUGUUAUGACCAAUUUUUAGAAGAGGAUCCAUCAAUAAAUAGAAUGGAUGAUUCUAUCGAAUUAUUUAGAGCCAUGUUUUACAAUCAAUUCCUUUUUAAAUGUUCUUUCAUCCUUUUCCUCAACAAAAAAGAUUUAUUUGAGCAUAAACUGCGUUAUGUCCCUUUGAAAAAAUUUUAUCCUUUAUUUGAAGAAUGCCUAAUAAAUAUAACAAUAGAUGAUCAAUAUGGAGAAGCUGUUGAAUUCAUCAAAAAAAUGUUUAUGAACGUGAAGGAGCCAGAAAGUAACAGACAUAUUUAUGCACACGUUACAAACGCUACGGAUACAAAAAAUAUUGAAUUUGUGUUUGGUGCAACCUGUGAUAUUGUUUUACAAAAAAAUUUAAGCAAAGCUGGAAUGACUUGA